ACUUCUUCAGUUUCCGUCAAAUCAGAGGAGUUAGGGUUUAGCGUUCCUCUCAAUUCUUCUUUACAAUGACGAGACCUCACCGGACGGUGACGAAUUGGUCAGAAUUGGACAGCGAUCUGCUAUCUCAAAUCGCCGGUCGAAUCAAUUGCCUGCGAGAUUUUAUCAUCUUUGGCGUGGUGUGCAGGUGGUGGCGAUCAGUUGCUUCGCCGAAGAAUUUCAACAAAUCGACCAAAGUUCCAUGGCUUUUGCUUGAUCAAGAUCAUGGUGAUCACAGCCUCCAAAAUUUUCAACUAACUUUUAUUCAUCCAAGUGGAGGAAGUGUUGGUGUUUACAGCAUGAUUGAUGGAUCAUACAAGCUGCUUUUCAAUGAGGGAGACUCUGGUUAUCGUUGUUCCAGUCAAUGGAUAGAACCAAGACUCUGACCCUUGGUGAUAGGUGUAAUUUUAAUGACAUAGGUAGAGUGUUAGAGUUUUUCUACUGAUUUGAAAAUCCUAAUUCUUGGCAUUAGGUGAUGGGAGUAACCGAUUCCCGCAAGAUCAACUUAUAUACGCAAUGUAUGACAAAUGUGAAGUGGUUGGGUAUUUCUAAUGCUCGGCUGGUUACAUUCCUAUGAUCAGUAGAUUAGAUUGUUUCUUAUUAAUUUCUAAUUACUAAGGUAUUAUCUUAUUUAAUGUGUUUAACAUUAUUGUUACCGUUAAUUGUU